UGGUUGCCUGCACUGGAUUUUAAAUCAAAACGGCACAGCCUUGCAAAUGCAAAAUAAAGUAUAAAUUUUAGGUUCUUAGUAAAAGUGAAAACUAUAUAUUUAUUUUCAUUAAACUGAAAUACAAUCACGAGAAGAUUCAAAGAAAGUUUUAUCAAGCUACGUAAUGCUUAAGUAUUUUGAAAAAUACGAUGCCAAGUCUAAAUAAUAGUAACGUUGGACCUAGACAGCCAGAAAAUAGUAAAAUGCAACUCGAAUCUUUAGAACUUGCUGGUUGCACUUUAGACCGGUAUAUUACUUGUGAUAAUUCCCGCCCUUCGUUUCUGGAGAUAACUGGUAUUGCUGCACAAGGUACCCCAACAUGCAGUGGCUUAAAUGCUGGUGAUUACAGGAAUCUCGCAGCAUUAUUGAAUCAUGCUAACUUAUCACAGCUAAAGAUUGUAAAUAAAGUGUCCCUUCCGCCUGAAAUAAUGGAGCACUUUGCCCAUAUGCAAUGCCACUGCCUUAUGGGGGUGUUUCCAGAAAUCAGUCGAGUUUGGCUUGCAAUAGACAGCAACAUAUAUGUCUGGGCAUUUGAGCAUGGCAGUGAUGUGGCUUAUUUUGAUGGCUUAGGAGAAACCAUUGUUAGUGUAGGCCUUGUAAAACCAAAGCCAGGAGUCUUUCAGAGUUUCGUUAAAUAUUUGCUAGUACUAACGACCACAGUUGAAAUUGUUGUUUUAGGGGUAACAUUUUCCAGUAGCAAACAGGAUGGUUCAACAGAAUUGGAAGAGAUACAUUUGGUGCCAGAGCCUGUGUUUGUAUUACCCACCGACGGUGUGUCAAUGUUAUGUGUCAAAUCCACAUCCAAGGGUAGAAUGUUUUUGGGUGGAAAGGAUGGAUGCCUUUAUGAAAUCACUUAUCAGGCACAGUUAGGGUGGUUUGGUAAGCACUGUAAAAAGAUAAAUCAUUCAACCAGUGCCCUCUCGUUCUUAGUGCCUUCAUUCUUGAAUGCUGCUCUGUACGAUGAGGAUCCGAUUGUGAAAAUUGAAGUGGAUAACUCCCGUCAUAUAAUCUACACGCUAAGUGAAAAGGGAUGUAUAGAAGUAUUUGAUAUGGGUUAUGAUGGUGAAAGUAUGUGUAGAGUAACGAGGCUGAGUCAGAGCAAAAUUGUGUCGGCAGCCACAGAAGUAGUAAAGACAGUUGAGGCGAGUAAUUUUAAGCCCGUAAUAGCAAUAUCAGCUGUGGAGGAAUCCGAGUCGGAGCAUUUGAAUCUAGUUGCUAUCACACAGGCUGGAGCAAGAUUGUACUUCACUACUGGAAUUUCUGAUCCCAGUCAAGGAAGACCCAAUAGUAGACCACUAGAUCUAAUACUGCUUCAUGUAAGACUACCACCUGGAUUUACACCAAAUGCUUCAGUGUUGAAACCCAAACAAGUACACAAUGCUGUGUAUGAUAAUGGAACAUUAGUAAUGGUUUGCUCAACUGGUGGCGGUGAAGCUGAAACACUGUGGUGUUUGUCGCGGGCGUUAGGUGGCGCUGCAUUUAGCGAAGCACAUUCCCUUCUGCCCCUUGAUGGUCCUGUUUGGGCUCUGACGUCAAUACCCACCGUCCAAGAUGCAUUAUUAUCUCCCGCACUGCUUGCCAAGAAAGAUCUGUGGUCUGGGUCCCGUUGGGCUGUCGUGAGUGCAUGGGGUGCAGCGUUGAUAGCCGCGGGUUCGCCUCCAGACUUACUCCGAACUUUAUUGAGAGACUAUCGCGGACCCGACGCACAGCCCGUUAAAGAUUUUUUUCAGCUUCAAGGGUACGACCUGGCCUGCGCAUGCGCAUUGUAUCUUGCCUGCGAGGACACGUCCAGUGGUGACAUGUCCAUAAGUGAAUGGGCUUCAAGAGCCUUUCUUAUUUACGGCAGCCACGUAGCACCCUCCUUGCAGAUGACCCAACAGUCUUCACAUCUACCUUCUAUGAGUUCACCAAAGUUUUCACCGAGGCAGGUAUCAACACCGAUGACGAUACGGGGACAAGAACAAAUCAGGACAAAUCAAUCAUACCAACAAACACAGAUGAAUCAAUCAAUGGGCAUCGGAAACCAGUCCAUGUUGCCAUCAUCUCCUUACCAACAAAACUUGAGGAGUCCUACAGGAUUCAACCAGUCUUCGUUGACUGGGAAUGUCACCCAACAAGCCAGAGAUUACCAGUUGCAAGUGGAGUAUAGUGCCAAACACAAUGCCCUGUAUAUAUACAUUGGAAGGGUCCUAGCACCUAUAUGGAAUUUGAAAUGUGUUACGAAAUCACUCACUCCAGAUAAAACGGAGUUUAUGUUGAGCAACGUGACGGGCGAAGACUGUGCGUUCGUGGCUCGCAAGCUGCAGCGAGCGGCGUCCUUCUUGCAGAGGGUGGUAGCCUCGCACGCCCAGAACACCGACGAAGCGGCCUCCAUACAAGCACUCAAAGUAUUCAUCGGCAUGGCGAUAGAGAUGUUGAGUCUAUGGAAGGUGCUGUGUGAGCAUCAGUUCCACGUGAUCGCGGCCAGUUUGCCCCCCGAGCAGCAGAGCGCGUUACAUGCCGCCAGCUUCAGGGAACUGCUAGUGGGUGGACAAGAAGUGGCGUGCCUGUUACUGGGCUCGCUGGUUGCCGGUUACCUUCGGGACAACGCCUCAGUGGACGGGAUCUCGCAGAAGCUGCGGCAGUUAUGCCCCACGCUGUACCGACAAGAAGAUGCGACAUGUUCCAAGGCAAACGAAUUGUUAAUAUUUGCAAAACAGCAGAAAAAUUCAGCAGAGCGGAUGGAAAUGUUGCAACAGGCUCUGAAGCUUUGCAAGGAUGUUGCACCAAAUGUCAAUCUUCCUUUGGUGUGUUCGAAGUUAUUGUCUGUUGGAUACUACUCUGGCAUCGUGGAGUUGUGCGUCACAUGCGCAGCUAAGAUGGACCCCCAAGACAGAGCCAUGUACUAUUACAAGAGUGACCAACCGACACAGGACCGAGAGGGACAUUUACUAUAUUAUAAGAGGAUGGAGAUAUAUCGAGAGGUAUGCAACGCUCUGGAACGUUUGUACGAACGCAGCUCUGAAAGCAAUGGAGAUACAGCACCGGCUAAAGUUCAGGAGUCCACUGAUCCGCUACUGACGUUGUCUCCGGCGGACGCCAAUUAUCAGGGACGAAAACUAGUUUCCGAGUGUUUAUCGAGAGAUGAUGAGCUGUUGCAUGUUGCCGUAUACGAGUGGCUCAUAUCCAAAAACUUAGGCUCUGAACUGGUGUCUGUGAGCGGCGUGGCUCCUGCGUCGCUCCGCACGUACCUGACGGCGGCCGCACGCCAGGCCACGGGUCGCACCGCGCUGCUACUGCUGGACUUGCUCUGGAAAGUAUUGGAACGUGCUGGAGAUCACCUGGCGGCCGCUGAAGUUCUCGAAGGACUGGCUACUCGACCUGGGACUGGUGCGAGCCUGGCGCAGCGCAUCUCGUGGGUGUCUGCGGGCGUGGUGUGCGUGCGGGGGGCGGGCGCCGCCGCCGGUGCGGGCGCGGCCGAGUUGGUGCGGCGGCUGGAGGAGGCGGCCGAGGUGGCGCGGGUACAGGCGGCCGUGAGGACCGCAGCCGCCGCGGCCAGCCCGCCGCCGCCGCCGCACCUGCUGCGGCGACUGGACGACCUGCUCGACAUCACGCAGCUUUACGAAGAGUAUGCAGACCGCUACAACCUGUGGGAGUGUAAGCUGGCGAUAGUGCAGUGCUCGGGUCACAACGACCCUCUGCUAGUCGAGAACAUCUGGAGCAACAUUCUGUCGGACGCGGAGGCAGCCGCGUCCAGCCUGCUCACUCCUGACGAGAAGCUGUCUUCUGUACUUAGUAAAGUGACUACACUAGGAAAAGAAUACGUUAAUUCGGGCCAUUGCUUCCCAUUGUACUUCAUCGUCCGCCAGCUGGAGAUAAUGAGUUGCAAGUUACAGGCCGAGAAGAGUUUAGUGUUUAAGACUGUGUUGAAGAUCGGCGUGUCUCUGGAACAAGUUUUAGAUAUAUAUGUCAAGCUGGUGAGCGUGAACGAGCGCGUGUGGCUGGGGUGCGGCGACGAGUCGCACGUGUGUGCGGCGGCGGCGGCGCUACUGCGGCACGCUCGUACGGACGUGGCGCCGCUCCCGCCCGCCGCACGACGCCGGGCCCUCGCACGGUGCAAGGACCUGCACGAGGCUGCGCUGUCCGCGCUGCAGAGUCGACCGAACACUCAGAUCCUCAUUGAUAAGCUAACAGUGGCACAAUCAUACCUAGAUAGAAUGGACUAAGUUUAAGGACUAAGACUAAGAGAUAAUGCAUUCGAAACUCCAUUAAGCUUAAUGAAUUAAUUUAUAUUUAUAAUUAUGCAUUAAUAACUUUGGCAGUGAUAUCUAACAAUAUUACAAAAUUCACAUAAAUUUUUGUUUAAGGAAAAAACAUACGGAAACUGUGUUGUAUUUCUGUUUAUUAAUUAAUUAAUUUAAAACUAUCAUUAUCAGUGUGCUAAAUCGGCAGUGACAUGUUUAAAAAUUACUUUGUUUUUCAUAUAUUAAAAUUAUGUGAGAAUCAAUUCAGUGUAUUAAUAUUAAAAACAGAGAGUUUCUAAUUUUGUAAAUAAAUCAGUUUCACAAAUU